CGACGCACACGGCGCUGAACCCUUCAUUCAUAUAUAUCCAGAUUCCCCUCCUCCCUUUCCUCCCGUUCAAUUCACCUUUCUGCCACACCACACCUCGAGCGAAGCAAGCACCGCAAGAAGAGCCAGGGAUCGAGAUCUUCCAUCACUCCCAUCCAUGGCCGACCAGUGGUGGGAGAGUACCUCUCACAGGAGUCACGGCGCGUCGGCGUGCUCGGCCGCCGCGCCGCCGCCGCUCACGGUCACGGGCGGCAGGGUGGCCUGCGGCUGGACCUCCCCCACCGCAGCCGCCGCUGAGUCGACGAGCUCCGUAACCUUCCAGGACCCCUACAGGAGCUCCACCCAUCAGCAGCCUCUGUCUGAUGCCGCCUCGUCUCUCGGUGAUCCUCACAUGGACUGGACGCAAGCCUUCUUGAGCGGGAGGAGUGAUACCAGCUUCCAAGCCGUGCUCCAAGAACAACCCCCCGCGAUGAACGAUCCACUAAUCAGGGACGGCGACAUGAGUGCCGGCAGCUUCUUGGUCGACCAGCAGGCGCAGCUAUCGCCGUCGCCGUCGCCCUACGGCACGGACCCAUCGCAAGCUCAAGCUCUAUUCGACGGCACGGCGGCGGUGCACAACAUUUCGAUGUACGGAGACAGCGAGUCCUCGGUCACCUAUGACGCCACGGCGGCGUCGAUGCAGUUUUCUUCCCAGCUGCUCAAGACCUCGGUGCCGGCGACGGCGUCUACGCCGAUGCAAGGUGUCGGCGUCGGCGCGCCGAUGCAGUACUUGUCCGCCGGCAGUUACCUGCCUUUCGGUGGCCCGCUGCCGUCCCACCUUCUCUUGCAGGCCUUGCAGGCGGCUAAUAAGCCCAAUAGCCGCAGCGCCAACGCUAACUCUCUGACGACGGUGAAGCAGGACGACUGCUCUCCACCACCGGCGACGAGGAAAAGCGUCCCCGAGCCGCCUACUACCGCUGCGAAAAGGCCACGGAUCGAGGCGCCGUCGCCGCUGCCGACUUUUAAGGUGAGGAAAGAGAAACUAGGGGACAGAAUCACUGCGCUCCAGCAACUAGUCUCGCCUUUUGGAAAGACUGAUACCGCAUCGGUUCUUCACGAGGCCAUCGAAUACAUCAAAUUCCUUCACGACCAAGUUGCGUCGCUGAGCUCUCCCUACUUGAAAAAUGGGAUUCCCAUGAAGCAAUUCCAGCACAAGGGCUCUGAGGAUUCCAAGGACAACGGUGACACGAAGCAAGAUCUACGGAGCCGAGGCCUGUGCCUUGUCCCAGUGGCGAGCACGUACACGGUGGCGGCCGAGACGCCUGAGUUCUGGCACCCUACAUUUGGAGGCACAUUCCGGUAGAGAAACAUUACUGUAACUAGUUAGCUUGCAUUGGUAGAGAGUACACGUGCUAAUAACAGCAACGUGUACUCGUCUGAAUUACAAACAAACGAAAAGAGUGUUCUGAAGCUAAAGCAAAGCAAACUCGAUCAUGCAUAUGUUCUUAUCAAACUAAGUUUUGUACAGAUGGUGAUCGACCAGUUUUAGUAGCAAGCUAAGUAGCGCUUGAUGAGACGAAAAGCAAGAAGUUAUGAUGUCGCCCAAGCAAGCAAUCGAAGGAUGUUUUGCAAGGGAAAAGAUCGAUGGAUAUAUAUGAUAAUAGGUACUGCCGACUGGUGGUCUUCUACGACAGGCUAAGUAUAUAUAACACAUGUUGGAUCAGGUGCAAAAGAGAAUGAUGAAUUGAGGCCGUGUAUGGGGCAUCUAUACUCAUAUAUAUGCAACUUUGCAAGCAAAUAAUUCAUGACAGCUAUAUAUAAUUAGCACUGUGUAGUAUGAAUUGGUUGGCGUUGGAAGGGAAAAGGUAGGGCAGGUGCCAAAAUUAUUUCAAAGCAAAAGCUAGCAGGAGGUAUUAGUGCAGAUAGCUGACAACAGUCAUGGCAGCAUGGCAAUGAUUCUUAUCUAUUACUGGAAGUAUGUAUGCGCUCAAAAAGGAUAAGUGCCAAAUCAAUAAGUUUACUUAAUUCUUUUCAAAAAUAAGUUUACUUAAUUUGUCUAGUUUCGUAAAAGACUAUACAUUCCCCAAUUUCAAUUGGUUUUUUAUCUAGUAGGACUGCGUACUAGCACUUUUUUAGACGAAGGAAUUGUAAACUAUAUAUUCGCCACACACAGACGAGUAUAUACUUUGUUAGCGGAUUGGGAAAAAAAAAGAUCAGUUGCAAAUACGAUGGAUGUAUAACUAUUUCGAUCCGGCCAUUCAGGGACUAAAUUUCAGUAUAUUUUGUUCAUUGAA